AUGUGCGGAAGUUAUGGUCAACCCAUCCGAUCGAGUGCGUGCUUCAAAGGUGGAAUUUCGCCGACACAGUGGGGAAACGUGUACCUGGCAUGCCUUGCAGACACACUGCACGUGCUGGACUCCGAUGUGCUGAUCCACAUGAUGGACUCCUACAUCGAACCCCUUGGAAAGGUUGAGAUGCGGCUGCUAGAAAGUUCUGGCGCAAACUACGCGGCUUUCGAGCACAGGAGCAUGAUGCAGAUAAUGCCGAUACUGGUGGCAGACGAGAGUGCAUUGAAGGAUGGACCGGAGGGAGAGCUGCGUGCUUUGCAGGUCAAGGCGUUCCGGCUGUAUGCCGUGUUCUACAAGGCACAUUUGCUGGACAACGUGAAGGAGCGUGGGAUGCCGCACCACUAUUCAACCGAAAUGUGGGAGCGCACGCACAAGGGCACGGUGAAGGGUCCAGUAAGAGGGAGCAGUUGGAGCGACAUACCUCGACAAAUCCUGGAGGAGGAGGUGCAGCGUGAGGUGUACCGCAAGGUGGCGGCGGACGCUGGGGGUGGGCGACAGUACGCGUGCGCCUUGCGUGAGGCAAUCUUGACGAAGAAACCGGUGCUCACGAAGAAGUAUCGGACAAUGCGGAUUGGCGGAGCGUCGGAUCCAGUGUACGAUGAGUACAUAACCGCGCUAGGAGACGAUAUGAAGGGUUUGGCUGACGAGUUUAAGGCGUUGGGUCUGGCUACCAACAGCGUGCAGGUCCACACGGCGGUGGCCAUUCCGCGCACAAGAGGCGGCGAGCUGGUGGCCAAAGGGACAUUUGUGAAGGCGUCGCCCCGAGAGAGGUGGUAUUCGGACGUGGCGCUGCUCAAUGACAAGGGUGGGGACUGCCGGCUGCCGAAGUCGUACAUUCCGGAUAAGCGCAAUGUGGUGGAGCGUAUCGUCAGCGUCGGCAUCCUCUACAACGCGACGGGGGGUUGUUCCGCAGUGCCUGUGGUGGUGCUAGAGCCAUCCAAUAGGCCCGAGCGCCGGCGGGCGAGCGCCGCAUUGCGCAAGGUGGCCGUUCGCCGUGAUCGCAACACCAUCAUCCUCACCAUUCACAAGGCGCAUCGCAUCACAGGCAAGGUGGCGCGGCCCGUCACGGAGCACGGCUUCAGUGUGCAGCACCUCACGAACACCCGAGUCGUCAACAUUCGUGGAUCGGUUCCAGAGACGGGCUUGCCGCACCUGCAGGGAGUGGGGUUCAGAGCCACACCUGCUGCCAGCGCGUCCGAUGACUCGUCGGGCGACAUGAGCCUGCCAGACGGCCCAUUGCUGCGGGACGAGCGCAGCAGGAGGCGCGUGAUACGCAACGUCACAAACGCGUACGUGGAGCGUGCCGAUGAGCUCGGCAUCCCCCCGGCGGCUGUGCCAGCAGAGGUCGGAGCAUCGAACCAGGAGGUGAUUUCCCGCCUAUGCAGGACGCCUGUAAAGAGGGCUCGCGUAGGGGAGCGAGCUGAGAACGGGACAGCCGAAGAAGUGCUGCAGAGUGAUGAAGUGCUGGAGAGUGAUGACGACCAGUGA